AUGCCUCGCUCCAAAGCUCACUCCGACCCCCGCGGAAGUGAUGACGAUGCCGCACCCGAUGCCAAGCGACGUGCGGUGCCCGACAGCACCACGGGUGCUCCAGCCACGACCACCGGCUCCAAGCGGUGGACCAACGCCGACUGUGUCGUCGAGCCAUACAUUCGCACCGCGCUUGAGACCAAGCCCACGACGACCCGCGGUGAGCCCAAGCCAGCCAAGACCAAGACCAAACACACCGUCAGCAAAUCUCCCAAGGCCAAGCUCAAGCGUGAGCUCAAAUCCGAAGCCGAGGGCGAGGGCGAGGGAGAGGGAGAGGGCGAGGUUGGCGAUUAG